UUUGGGGGGGGGGCAAAACUAGACUCGCUUCGUGACGCACUGGGUGACACUCGGUGCUCGUACACAGAUGUAGGUGCCCGUCCGUAGUAAAGUCACUAUCACAGCUUGCGCUCAAGUCUAUGAUUUGACAGACGGCAUCCUGAGUCAAGUUUUCGACGUGCCACGAUAUCUAGUCCCAGAUACGUCAAGCAUCGAUGAGACUUCCGAAAUAAAUUACACCUCGAAUUCUCCAAACAAUAAUUGGACCUAUACCCGCUCACCAAUCUACACAUGGACUCUGAUCUCUAUUCGGUCAAAUCCAACACUAUCUCGAGCGAGAUUCAUAUCAACCCAGAACGGGCUUGUGCUGUUACUCAAUGGCUACGUGUACAUGUGCAAAUUCAUUAUUGAGACUGUUGGCUUCAGACAGACAGGUAAACAACCAGAAUAUUUCACAAAUCACGCUCAACAAACCCACCCAAACCAAUCAAGUAAUUUAUCCCUCCAAGUCGAAAAGGCUCCUUUUACUUUCUCUAUUCUGUAAACUUUCUGCACUCGGAUUUUCUACAAAGACAGUGGGGUCCCGUUUCUUUUUAAGUCAUCGAGAAUCAGUAUGAAAUGUCAUGAAAGGCACCAUUGAUCCUACCGGUCAAGUAACAUAACACGCUGCGGCCUUUGGUGACUUCUGCGCAUAAUAGUGAACAAAACUGUCUCAAGCCUUGCAUUGAAUAACACAGACGUCAUUUCCAGCGCGAAGGACCCGAUAUAUGACAGAUAUAACAUUAUUGGUUUGAUAUUGCGGACCAACACGACAAACUGGAAAGGAUAAGAACCCGAUAGGGUUGCAGCGGAGCCACAACUGAUUACCCGCAGUGCGAAUUAGGAGUGAGUGGAGGACGGUGACUUAGGCUCCUCAUCAGCCGAGCUGUUGGCAGCUGAUGAUCCUGUAGACAGCGUGGGGCAGUAAUCCAACCUCAAGGAGCAAAACUGAACACACACGAGAUGGUGCAGCUCGUCUGUUCAACGCAGACUAACCACUGACCGCCGCCCUACGGCCAAGAGGCAGGUCUUCCUGAAGGGCAUCGCUAGAGAGGGGAGCCACAGGGAGGAAUUCCUCUUUCCACGCUAGCCUGUGUCACAGCAUGCAUAUGAAGAGCCGGCAGCCAGCUGGUAGUAAAACGCCAACAGACAGCAAGCCCAAGUGGUUCGAGGACGCCAAAAACACACACAAGCACCAAGCUAAGUAUCUUGGCAAAAUUCUGAGCAUGAAGGAAUCGCUCGCUAGAGAGGAGCAGCAGCGGCAGCAGCAGGCGGGAGGGCUCGUCAGCAGGUUAAAGAACAGUGGCAGCAGUGGGAUGGCAGACCCAGGUACGGCCACUAGUUACAACCAAGUGUCAUCGACUAACCCAGGAUUUCCAAACAGAGGAGCCAAGACAAAAUUCCGCGAGAUGGGGAAAGGGCGAUCCCCUCCAGAUUUGUACCCAAUUGACAUUGUCCAGGGAAAAGCAAUGUUCGAUAAAGGGAGCAAUCCACUGCAGCGGGACAAACAAAACAAGUGGUGGAGGUCAGGAAGCCUCGAAGAGAGACACCUGAUCAAAAGAAGCUCCAAGGACAUGCCCAAGAUUCUGCCGCCAAUGGCCACCAUACCGUCAGUGGACAGACGGUCCGGAUACUGCGAAAAGCUGAAGAGUUACUCGGCAACCUGUACAGGAUCCAAGGUCACCAGAGAGGAGCCGGAGAGGGACAAGAUGAUUGACUUAAAAAUGCCUGUGAAGAAGUCGGCCAAGGCAUUCAGCCACAUGAAAGGGGCUAACAAGACCCCUGGGAAACUUUGUAAGACGCGGCCUUCAGAUAGGCCAUUGAGGAGAACGCAAUCUCUGGACUUUCGGUGUGAGCUGGCUCCUGUUCAUCCAACGGCUAACAUGGACACUGACAUAUCAGCACAGUCAUGCCAACAAGGCCGUCACAGAAGCAACACUGGUGACUAUGCUAGGAAGGGCAGCACUUACGUGCUGACGAAACAAAGCUCACUGAGCGAGCUGAUGGACAAGAUGGAAGUCUUGGAGGGUGCAGUCGGGGGUGCAGCUGACGCAAUGGAGUACUCAGACGGGGGCUGCGUGGCGACAGCAACAAAUGAUGAGCCGAUGAUACCAGAUGACAUGUUGAACUGUGUGCCCCUUUCUACCGUCGACAGAGACGAGCACCGUGUCUCCACCCAAUCUCGUGGGGGGAACGUCAGAUCUCUGCUAGAGGUUUCCAACCAGAGCCUCCUAGAGCUACCGUCAUCUGAGCAACAUAGCCUCCUCCAGCGGAGGCACACCUUGCCAAUCAUCAACCUCCGACCUCCGACCCCGAGACUCACGGACCGCGACGAGAAGACCGCAGACGACCAGAUGGGUCGGAUUCUGCGAAAGGUCGUGUGUCAGUCGGUGCUGCGCAAACGGGAACUAAGCAAGUUGUGCGAGGAUAUCGAGGAAUUUAAUGAAAUCAAUACAGUACUAUCAGGGCAUCUGGAAAGGUGAAGAAAGUAUGAAGGGAAUUAUGAGGUUUAUUUUGAAUGUCUAUGUACGGGCAUCACUGAUGGCUUCAGCUACCUUGUGACUUCCACCCUCUAUGAUUCAAUCUCAUAAUGCUUGCCUGCGGUACAUUUUCAAGAUCCGAGAGAACAGUUACUGUAAUUUCGCAAAGGGCAAGACAGUUCAUAAAACAUUUAAUUGGUUUAUUCAGUGUGGUUUAGUCGAGCAAAAUUCUUUGUUUAAAACAUGUGCAUCACACGCUUUCAGUAUUAGCCAGUGUUACACUAUAUUUCGAACUUUUGAGUUUCGGAGGGGUGUGGUCGCUUUUGGGAGGACAGACCCACCGCAUUACUUGCCACAUGUGUGUGCUUGUUUGGUAAUGCUCUCAAUCUAGUGGGGUUUUGAGCAAAAAUUUUAAAAAGUUAGUGCUUUUGCCAAUAAAACACUGGCAAACAUGAUUUUCUUGCGCAUUUUUGUUUUUCAUUUGAAAACUACCCAUGACGUCACACUUAAUCAGAGUUUGUCAAACUUUUUCAUAUCAGCUGAAGUGAACCGUAGAUAUAGUCAUGCUUGUGGGUGUAGUCAAUAAUUCUUGCCACUUUGAAAAUUCAAAUUUCGUCCUGCCCCGGAAGAGUAUCCAUUUUGAGAAAAUCUCGAUAAUUUGACACCAUGUACUCCAGUGUCGGUUACCAAGGAAACACUUUUCACUAUAACUGUCUGGCAGGACUGGUUGACUGCGUUAGCUUUGAUUCCAUGUGCAUACAUUUACAUUUAUCUAUAUUCGGUGUUACUGUUACUAUUGUAGUUCACCUAUUUUGUAUGCUAAAUUUUAAAUGCAGUCAAACAUGAAUGAUAUCUACAUGCAUAGGCAUCAUUUUGUUGUAACAAAAAGUCAUGCUUUGUCUUAUUUUAGACUUUUAUUUGACAGGGUAUCAAUAUUACAAAAGAAGGCUUUGUUUGCUUUGCUUUGAUUUCUGUGGUGUUUUAAAAAGUGUAUCAUCAGUUUUGAGAGUUAACUGUGUGCAUCUCUUUAACACUCUAGGAGUAAUAUUUGUCACUGUGGUAAAAGCAAAGAUCGCACUUCGAAAAUCAACUCCCUUGUCACUUGUUUCCGUCCACUUUGCUUGUACUGAAGAAUACUAUUUACCUGCAUAGUUUGUG